AAUCAGGUUGGUUCUGUCACCCGGGCGCUGUUGCGGGAAUAAACAGACACUCAAACUAGCAACAAGUGUCCCGUUGGGAGGAGAGAGCGGCCACAGUCUGCCUGUAAUUUGUCUGGGUUCCCAUUGGCUGAUGGAGUGGACAGUAUCCCCAUGUCUCACAGACUGACCAAGCAGGAGCUCGAUGAACAGUUUGAGCUGUUCCUGAAGGAGUCCGUUUCAGAUGACUCUGAGAAGCAGCCCGGGGCUAAAAGCAGUCAGAAAUCUGCCCAGAAAGCCGCAGUGCCCUGGUGGCAAGAUGAGGAACACAGCGGUGGAGGAACCGGGAGAGGACUGCUGGGAUCUGGGAAGACUUUCAGGAAGUCUUUGAGGAAGUCUGUUGCACUGGAGGACGAGGAUCCAGGAGAUGCUGGUUUGAAGGGAGACGGGCUGAGCGCAUUCAGCAGAGACCGUAUUGAGUUCGAGGUGAUGGAACCAGCUGCCAACACGACAGCUAUCGGUUUGGACACGAUAGAGGAAGAAGAGGAGAAAGCCAGGUUCUUUGCCCAACUAGAGGCAAGGAGCUCUAUCAACUAUAGAUUACUCCAUUCUGAACAGAGAGCUGACUCAACCAGUUCUGCCAUCCCUACUCACCUCAGGAGAGCUGAGGAGCAGAGUGAUGAUGAUGAUGAUGAUGAUGAUGAUGAUGGGAAGGCCAGGGUCCCAGAGGCGGUCAGAGAGUCUUCAGGAUCUCCAAAUUACAGUGAAGAUUUCGAGGAAGAGGCAAACGGAAAAGAGCUUUCGGAGGAGAAGUCUAAAAUGUCUCCAAUUCUUGCCAAAGUGUCUCUCCACGAUUCCCUGGAUGACACCGGGGGAGGAGAGAGACGAAAGGACACAGCCGGGUCACUGGACAGAGGCCAGUCGUACGUGCAGAGUGGGGCCUCAGACAUGGAGGCUCUCCAUGAGGCCUACAGACAGAUCCAUGUCGUGGAAGAUUCAGAAGACUAUCAUCCCCAUCGUUCAUCUGUGGAAGGGAGGGGGAGGAUCAACAGACCUGUGUCUCCAUCCUCUCCUCCUCCUCAUCAUGCCACACAGUCUCUUCAGCCGGCUUCUACCAACGAGUCAGAGCUUCCAACUGCAGAAGAGUUGAUGAGACCCAUCCGACCUGAGAGGGACGAUAUCAGAGGCUUCACCCUCCAGCCAGCCAGUGCUGUAGAACUAGAGGACCAAGAAAAGACCCCCCGGUUCUUGGAAAGGACUUUCUCACAUGUGACGCCUCCAGACUCGCAACUGAUGGGAGCAGAGCUGGCUGACCCCUUAGACGGGAUACAGGCAGCCAGGGGGUUGACCAGCCCCCCGUCCAGCUCCCCAGACCCUCCCAACCUGACGUGGAGCAUCAGACAGGAAGUAGAGAAGCUGAUGCAGGAUCAGAACAAAUACUCUCAGGCUGGCAAAGCUAAGAAACAACAGGCCUCGCAUGGAUCUGCUGUUUCUCAUUCCUCUACGUCUUCAGCGAGGAAACACACUGGGACCCAUGUGAGAGGCAGCAGAGUGGAGGGGAGGACCUCAGGGCUGAGUAGAGCUGCUGCGUCAUCCAAAACCCAGCCUUCUGUUUCCCGUCCUCUGCAGCAUCCACGGGAAAAAGCCAAAGUCACAAAGAGCCAAGAAAAAGAGGACUACACAGCAGAGCCGGGUCUGAAGGUGAGCAGUGAGCUGGUGGCGUCCGUUCAGUCCUUAGUGGCUGUCCUCCAACAGCAGGUGGACACCAGCAGUCACCAGGACGCCACAGACGCACAGGAAGUCACCCGACUGACACAUCGGCUUCCAAAUAACAGGGAGGAUGACGAAGGCUCUCUGGUGGAGGAGCUGAGAGGCCAGCUGGCUCACAAGGAGAGGGAGCUGCAGAUGUUGAAGGGAGGCGCCGAGGAGCUCAACUCCCUGAGACAGCAGAACUACCUUCUGCAGAGCAAGCUGAGAAGUGCAGAAGAAGCCAGUCAGAAGAAGAGACGGGCCGAGGCCACUGACUCUGCUGCAGAGGGAACGCUCCAGCAGAUUGAUAAAGAAAUAAAAGAGCAGGAGACGCUCAUCAAAGGUUACCAGCAGGAGAAUGAGAAGCUGUAUUUGCAGAUGAAGGCUCAGCAGGUGAAGAGCAAAGCCAACGAGGAGGCCAUGUUUAGUGAAAACCAGAGGCUGCUGAGUGAGCUGGCUUUCACAAGGGAGCAGCUGAAUAAAACCUCAAGGACUGUGGGAAGUGUGUGCGUAAUGGAUCACACUCAACGCAUUACAGACUUGUUAGCUCAACUAAAUACAUUUCAGAGGAAUGAGGCCAAGCUGUCUGAGGACGGCCACAGACUGAAGCAAGAAAAGCAGGCUCUGGACGUAGAGCUGCAGCUGAUGAAGAAAGAGAGGGACCUAGCUAAAGCUCAGGCGGUGUCUGCCUCAGGGGACAAGACUUUUGAGAUGCGCGUAUUGGAGGACAAGCACAGAGAAGACGUGGCGGCCCUGAAGAAGAAGCUGCAGUGGUUUGCCGAGAACCAGGAGCUGCUGGACAGAGAUGCUGGCAGACUGAAGGCCGCUACGGCUGAGACACACCAGCUCCAAGAGCAGGUAGAGAGACUGAAACUGGAUGUGGGCAAAAGAAGCAGUGAGCAGCAGAGGAAGACCAAAGAGAAAACUGUGGACGCGAAGAGGAUGCAGGACCUUGAGCGACAGGUGAAGGAGCUGGAGCAGAUACUGAGACGCAGAAACCCAAACUCCCUGCCCGCUCUGAUCUACGCUGCAGCCACGGCUAGCUGUGAAGAGGAUGUGGCCGCCAAGACGCCACCCCCGCCCAGCAGGGUCAACGCCCUGCUGGAGCGCAGGAUCCAGCGUCUGGAGGCUGAGCUGGAGGGCCACGAUGAGGAGGCCAAGCGGGGCCUGCGGGCCAUGGAGCAGCAGUUCCACAGGAUCAAGCUCCGCUAUGAGCAGCAGAUCUCGGAGCUGGAGCAGCAGCUGGAGCAGCAGCAGCAGCAGCAGCUGGAGGCAGUGGGGUCCGAGCCGCGGCCGGCUCAGGCUGGAACACUGGAGGAAGAGCUGCGGCGUGUGGAGGAAAGCCAUCAGGAGAGAGAACGUUCUCUCCAGGACCAGAUCGAGGGUCUCCAGCAGCAGCUCAAGCACUCGGCUGGAACGGGAGCUACCCAGGCCCAACCCAGUCCCGGCCGACACCAGCGCCAAACCGAGGCAGCAUUCGGCGCCCGGAUAGAGCGGCUGAACAAUGACCUCGCCUCCAAGACGCGGACCAUUCAGGAGCUUUGCCGCAGUGUUGAGAGACUGCAGAAGGAGAGGAGGAACAUGAUGCCUGUCCCCAACCCACGACCAGAAACCCGUCCAACGGAGACGAGGAGGCAACCAGCCAAAACACUCCGCUGUGCUUCUGCAGGAGGGGAGGAGACGUUCCCAGCUGCCCAUUGUGAGAAGACCUACCAGCCCACCGUGUUCACAGGCAGUCACAUCUCGGAGGUUGUGCAGGAGAACGAGGCUCUGAAGCAGCGCGUGGAGCGGCUGCAGCUGCAGGGCGAGCAGGAGAGGGAGGCGUUGAGAUCCGAUGCUCUACAAGCCAAGCAGGAGCUGUGCAGGCUCGAGGGCCACUCUGCAGAGCAGCUGUCCUCCAUGAGAGCAGAGCACCUCAGGGCGCUGGACCAGCUGCGUGCCGCCCAUGCCCUGGAACACUCGUCCUCAAGGGUCGCUGAACUGGCCAAUAAGCUCAACGCUCAGCAGAUAACGGUGACACAUUUGCGAGACCAGCUGAAAGAGGUGCAGGGAGCUAAAGAGGCUCUGGCAAUAUCCAGGACCCGAGAGGACGCUGUGCAGAAGCAGCUGACCAGACUGCUGAGGGAGCUGAAGGAAGCUAAAGAAGCUCAGAGCCCAGAGGUGAAGCUCCUGUGUGGCCUGGAGAGGAAGAUCGUCAACAUGGAGCUCAGACACCAACACAGAGAGAAGGAGCUGCAGCAGGUGAUUGUGGGCUCGUGGCAGACGUCAGAGGCUGAUCAGCAGUCAGAGGUGGAGAGCUGGAAGCGUCUGGCUCAGGACAAGAGCAGAGAGUUGGAGGCUUUCCGUCUGGAGCUGGACUCCAUCCUGGACAUCCUGAGACAUCUCCAAAGACAGGGAGUGGUUCUCCCCCACUCCUGACCCCCCGUUCUUCACAGGCCCCCCCCACCCAGAGGAGUUAAUGCACACGCAAGGUUUGACGACAUAAGCUACAAUCACUGUCUCAGUGGUAGAAUGAGUUCAGGUGAAGCUUCUUUUGACAGCAGCUGUAAUAUUACUCAUCACCUUCUCAUCCGAGACAGACCGAGAUCCUGGUCCACAGCCGCUGCCUUCAUAUCAGCAGGACUUCUUAUUAACACAUAGAAAUAGAAGUAGAGCUUUAAUAUACUCAGAGUUGGGUCUCAGAGGCAGAGGAAGUUAAAUCCAUGAGUGUUUCGACUGAAGAACACACACACUGUACUGGUUUCUUUCUUUUGUAUGUGUUGUAGCUGCAAUCUAUUUUUUUAAUUAUUGUAACUUAUUUAAGAUGAAGUGAAAAUAAAAAAAAGUUUAAAUUGCGAUAGUGUCACUUUUUUAAAUUAAUUAAAUCCACUUCAUCCCAAUCUUAAUGCACAGGAUUUAUGAUGUGCUGAGGGGGCGGGAUUUACUUUACGGGGUUUUGCAUUCUUUUGGAUGCUAAACAGUAGAUAUGAGCGGGUUGACCCCCGACCCCCGAACCUACUGUGAAAUAUCAAAGAUUAGGGUUCAGAGGGAGUUAUUAAUAACAUUGCAUGCAGUAGUCCACCUUCUCUCACUGUCUCUGUCACACUCUCACACACUAACACGCACUCACACAC